CUCAGUCUGAAUAGGACUCCCCUCCAUACAAAUCUUCUUCUUUUUUAUUUAUACUUUUUAACCUGUAAGUAAUCGGAAGUCACGCGGAGGGUUACUGUGUUUAACCAUACUGUUUUAAGAUCCAAAAUGUUGGUUGGUGUAGUCAUUAUUGUUGGCUUGUUAUGGUUAUUUUACAAACAUUGGGUAUCCAACUAUAGUUACUGGAAGAAAAGGGGUAUACCAUUUUACCCAGCUGAAUUUCCUUAUGGUAGUGCUCCGAAUUUCGUGAAAUUAAAAAAAUUUAAAGGUUACACCAUGGAUAAGAUGUAUCACGAGUUCGCUCCACAUCCAAUGUUUGGAAUUGUUGUUCUAAGGAAACCUAUGCUGAUAGUAAAAGAUCCAGAAUUAAUCCAGAUGGUUUUGACUAAAGAAUUUUCACACUUCAGAGAUAGAGGCAUUUUCAAACUUCCGAAAAGAGAUACAAUAAAUCAUCACUUAUUCAAUCUUGAAGGAGAAAAGUGGAAAGCUAUAAGAAUGAAACUCACUCCCACAUUUACUAGUGGAAAAUUGAAAACUAUGUUCCCCCUUAUCAUUAGUUGUGCUGAGAAUUUUAGCUCCCUUCUGUUGUCAAUGGCUGAUUCAAAAGUUGAUAUAAAGGAACUAGCAGGUCGUUUUACAGCAGAUGUCAUUAGUAGCUGUGCAUUUGGCUUGGAAAUUGAUAUUAUGAACAACCCAGAUAACAAACUUAGAAGGAUUGGAAUCGAAAGAGUAAAAGUAAAGACUUUAAAAAAAUUAAAAAAUACUUUGACUCAAAUAUUUCCAGCAUUGUCAACAAUAUUACCUGCAAGAUCCAAUGAAUCAGAGGAACAAAAUUAUGUCAUUAACUUGGUUAAAAGUAUAAUAGAACAAAGAGAAAAUAAUGGGAUUGUAAGAAAUGACUUCAUAGAUGUGUUAAUAAACUUAAAGAAUAAAGGAAAUUUGGGAGAUGAUGCACAAGAAACUGAAGAACCAUUUGAAAUGACAAUAGAAUUGAUGGCAGCCCAAUGUUUUGUCUUUUUUAUUGCUGGAUUUGAGACCUCAAGUUCAUUGCAAAGUUUCUGCAUUUAUGAACUGGCUCUUCACCAAGAUAUUCAAUCAAAAUUAAUAAAAGAGAUAAAUGAAAAAAUAGAAAAGAAUAAUGGUCUUACGUACAAGGCUUUGAAUGAAAUGGAAUAUCUGAAUAUGGUCAUAUCAGAAACAUCGAGAAAGUACCCUGCAGUACCAGAGUUAAAUAGGCAAUGCACAAAGUCUAUGACACUUCCUUCUGGUCAGAAAAUAGAGAAGGAUACUUUCGUUGUAAUUCCCAUUUGGUCUCUUCACCAUGACCCUCAGUACUUUCCCAAUCCAAAUAAAUUUGAUCCUGAACGAUUUUCACAAGAAAACAGAGACUCCAUUGUUCCUUACACUUAUCUGCCAUUUGGAGAAGGGCCUAGGAUGUGCAUUGGAAUGAGAUUUGGACUUCUUCAAACCAAGCUGGGAAUUGUGACUCUCCUUCAAAAAUUUAAGGUUGAACCAUGCGAAGAUACCGCGAUCCCUCUAGUAAUGGGAGCAAAGUCUUUCAUCACUGCAACUGAUGAGCCUAUUAUUAUUAAACUUGUUGCAAGAUCUUGAAUUCAUUUUUUCAAUAUCAAUCAUUUACAAUUUAUAUAUCCAGACCAAAAUCUAAUGUUUAAGAUUUUAAAAAAAUUUCCUUUCCAAUUUAAACUUCCUUUCUACUUUUAAGAUUCAUAACUUUUUAUUUAUAUGCAUUUGAACCAGGACUCUUAAUUUCAUUAACUUUAAAAAAGAAAUGUUUUUGUUUAAAUAAUCAUAAUGUUUGUUUUGUUUUUUUUCAAUAAAAAGUUCUUUUUUAAUUGAAAGAA